AUGGGUUGCAAUCACGGCCAGCUGACUGAGCGCACUGGCAGCCCUGCCCUGGUCUCCGACACUGCUUUGGUCUCGGGCUCUGCCUCCAGCACCACCCUGGCCGCCAACUCCGCUUUGGUCCCUGGCUCGACCUGCAGCACCACCCUGGUCUUCGGUUCUACUCUUGUCUCUGGCUCCGCCUCCAGCACCACCCUGGUCACCUACUCUUCCGGCUCCGCCCUGACCUCAUGCUCUUCCGGCUCCGCCCUGACCUCCCGCUCUUCCGGCUCCGCCCUGACCUCCCGCUCUUCCGGCUCCGCCCUGACCUCCCGCUCUUCCGGCUCCGCCCUGACCUCCCGCUCUUCCGGCUCCGCCCUGACCUCCCGCUCUUCCGGCUCCGCCCUGACCUCCCGCUCUUCCGGCUCCGCCCUGACCUCCCGCUCUGCUGGCUCUGCCCUGGUCUCCUGCUCUGCCGGCGCCACCCUGGCCUCCUGCUCUGCCGGUGCCUGGUUUGGCUCUGUAGCCCACGGACCCCGAAUUCAUGAUUAUGGAAUACAUACAUUUCACAAAAGUUCUACAACAUUAACUAUUCCUGCAGUCAGACACUGAUCGAGUCUGAUCCAGUGACCAUCAAACCUGAUCAGUCUCAUAAACUGAUCUGCACAGCCUCUGGAUUAGACAUUAGUAGCUACCGGAUGGCUUGGAAUAGACAGGCACCUGGGAAAGGACUGGAAUUUGUUGCAAGCAUCUACAGUAGUAACAUAUAUUACUCCAGUACUGUUCAGGGCCGCUUCACCAUCGAUGAACAGCAUGAGGACAGAAGACACUGCAGUUUAUUACUGCGCCCGUGACACACAGUGAUACUUCCCCUUAGACAUCAGUACAUAAACACAGACUUACUAUAGACACAUGACAAACCCCACAUUUACAGAUUCAUUGAGGUGAAAGAAAUAAAAUGUUUACAGUGUCUUUGACUUACAUGUUACCACUUGAUAACGUUUAUUGGACUUUUCUGAACAUUGUCUGGACAUUUACACUGUUGAAAGAUUAUUAAUUCACUUCUCAACAUAUUUGCAGUCAUGUGAAUACAAAAGUGCACCCUCUUGAAUUUUGGGUUUAACUAUUAAGACAUAAUAAAAAUUAACAGGUCUUUAGCAGGUCUACAAAUGAGGUAAUAAAACCUCAGAUGAACAAUAACACAUGAUAUAUAACAUCAUGUCCUUAUUUAUUUAACAUAAAUAAAAAUAAUAUGGAGAAGCCAUGUGUGAAAAAAUAAGUAAACCCUCACUGCUUCCACAAGAAUAAAGAUUCUUGUAUAACACGCUUAUUAGCAGGAACUACAGUACUUAUCAUUUGUAAGAAAAACUCCAGUCAUUCUUUAUGUUCAUGGUGGCAGUAAAUGCUGUAAAUCACAAUAUUAGUUCAAAUAUAGCAUGAAUAUUGUGAGAAAACAUGUUCACAACUCCAAAGGGAACAAGUUGAGUUCAUAAACCCACACAUCCUCCAUUAAAUACAUUUCAGAUACAUUCUCCUCCCAUCAUCAGCAGAUAAACAAAUCCAAGUGUCAGAGCUGGAUCUCACUCUAUUUAUAUGAUGUGAUGGUGUCUGUUAAACUUUGGA